GAAGACGAUCCGUCGUGGGGUCCCCACCGCCUGGCGCUGCUCGUCCCCUUCCGGGAGCGCUUCGAGGAGCUGCUGGCCUUCGUGCCCUACAUGCACCGCUUCCUGAGCAAGAAGAGGAUCCGCCAUCGCAUCUUCAUCCUCAACCAGGUGGAUCAUUUCAGGUUUAACAGGGCGUCCCUGAUCAACGUGGGCUUCCUGGAGAGCGGCAACGACACGGACUACAUUGCGAUGCACGACGUCGAUCUCCUGCCCCUCAACGAGCAGCUGGACUACAGCUUCCCUGAGGCAGGGCCCUUCCACGUGGCAUCCCCAGAGCUGCACCCGCUCUACCACUAUAAGACCUACGUGGGCGGCAUCCUGCUGCUCACCAAGCAACACUACGAGAUGUGCAAUGGCAUGUCCAACCGCUUCUGGGGCUGGGGACGGGAGGACGAUGAGUUUUAUCGACGUAUCAAAGGAGCCGGUCUCCAGGUUCGCCGUCCCUCUGGAAUCACGACUGGAUAUGAGACUUUCCAGCACCUGCAUGACCCAGCCUGGAGGAAGAGAGACCAGAAGCGUAUCGCGGCGCAGAAGCAGGAACAGUUUAAGGUGGAUCGAGAGGGAGGUCUGAACAACGUGAGGUACCGAAUCGAGUCACGGACAGCUCUGAGUGUGGCAGGAGCCCCUUGCACCGUCCUUAAUAUCUUGCUGGACUGUGACACAAGUGAGACCCCUUGGUGCACAUUUGGCUGAGCCAUCUCCUGUGUGCCAGUCGUGUGCGCUGUGCUUGCGCCAAGAUGCCGGGGCUGCUGCCGAGCUGCUUGGAGCAGGCAGGACUUUUGCAGUGGAUGAGCAUGGCGGUGCUGGCGAGAUGCAGAGGAACAGAAAAGGCUGAGAACGGGGCUUUGGUAGGACCAACAAAAGAGGCUGAGAGCAGGACUCCGUGGCGUCGUUGCAGAUGCUGGUGCUGUCUCCCAGGGCAGGUGCAGGAGAUGGUUUUCCUGCAUUGGACAUGGCUGAGCUGCCACUCAGUUCAGAGGACAAUAAAAAACUAUCAGGGCACCUGUGAGUUGUGAAUGCCCUGGGCCGCGUUGCACUA